GUAAUGUUUUACAGCACCGAGCGGUGAGACACGCCUCUUUCUACCCGACAGCUCACCAUUAGUCCGGGGGACAGCACCAUGGGAAGAGAGGAGAACCUCACCAGAAUUGCAAAAAAGCUGGAUAAAAUGGUAUCGAGGAAGAGUAUGGAUGGUGCUCUGGAUCUGCUCCAGGAACUGCAAGGCGUGAAGAUGACUCUGAAGUUGUUGCAGAAUACAAGAGUUGGGAUGUCUGUAAAUGCAAUCCGUAAACACAGCACGGAUGAACAAGUCAUUGCAUUAGCUAAAAUCCUCAUCAAAAACUGGAAAAAGCUUCUUGCCUCAGAAAUUCCAGCCUCUAUCAAGACUGAGAAAACAUCAGGAAAAGAGGGUGAGAAGAAAGACCAGGCACCAGCAGUGUCCCCGGCACCCCAGAACCAUCCCAAAGAUAAAUAUGUGGAGAGGCAAGAUUUAUUCAGCUCCAAAUCCUCACCGACAACUUCUCCCGUGUCCAGGAAGAACUCGACAGAUGGACAACGGGACCAUCACAGGGGUGAUUUCUUGAGCUCUAUGUCACCAAUGACUCUUUCACCUAUGCCCAGGAAAAACUCCACAGAUACUGAAGAAAGGAAGGAUUCGUACAACAGCAAAUCACCAACAACAGCCUCACCAGCUCGAAGAACUUCAGUGGAUAAUUUGAAAGAAGAAAGUGGAGGUAGCAGCAAAGCAAAGAUGGAAUCACCUUCCACACCUACCAGCCCUACCUUCUCCACACCAACUAUCCUCCCUCCUUUCUUGUCAACUGGGGAGUCCAUCCGUGACAAAUGUAUAGAGAUGUUAAUUGCAGCUUUGAAGACUGAUGAUGAUUACAAAGACUAUGGUGUGAACUGUGACAAGAUGGGUGCUGAAAUUGAAGAUUAUAUCUACCAGGAGUUUCAGAAAACAGACAUGAAAUACAAAAACCGUGUUCGAAGCAGAAUAAGUAAUCUGAAGGACCCAAAGAACCCUAACUUGAGAAGGAACGUGUUGGCUGGUGCGAUCGACUUGCUCCAUCUGGCGAGGAUGACUGCAGAGGAGAUGGCCAGUGAUGAGUUGAAGGAGCUUCGCAAUGUGAUAACCAGAGAAGCUAUCAGGGAACAUCAAAUGGCAAAGACGGGUGGAACUCAUUCUACUCUUUUUCAAUGUGGAAAAUGCAAGAAGAAAAAUUGCACCUAUAAUCAGGUUCAGACCCGCAGUGCUGAUGAACCAAUGACCACCUUCGUCCUGUGUAAUGAAUGCGGAAACCGCUGGAAGUUCUGCUGAUGAACAGGAUUCAAAUAUUUUCACUACGUUUUGAAUUACAAUCUUCUGUGAGGAGGAAAAAGGUGUAAUUCAGUAAGGACAGAGACUCUUGCUGUGUUUCUUUAUCCUUUACAUCAGACGAUGAAAGAGUAAUUUGAUUCUUCAACAUUAACCCUUCAAGAACUGAAUGAGUUCUAUAGCUUUUGCAUGUUCUAUUUUUUCUGCUCUGUAAAUUGCAUCGAAAGGAAACUCCAAUUUCUGUUCUUGGGUGAUCACUGUGAAUUUAUUCAAAUCAUUUGCAAACCAAAUUUUGUGGCAUUCUUCAAAUUUCUAAACACUGUUUUUGAGAUUUAUUCUAUUGUUGCAGGAAUAUUAAGCUGGUGUCCAAAGGGUUAAUUUUGCCAUGGGAACCAGGAUUUAAUUGACUGGCCAUUUCUCACUUAAUUUUGUUUUUAAAGAUUGCAAAAAAUAGAUUUUGAUUUCAUAUUGAGCUGAAGUGGUUUGUUUUUGAUUAAGAACAGUUCGGAACCAACUCUCCUGAGAAUAAUGAGCAAUAAGAAAUUAACUCCACACUUGCAGGAGAGUACCAUCUCAGUUUGAAACAAAAACAGAAGUUGGUGGAUAAGCUCAGCAGGUGUGGCAGCAUCUGUGAAGAGAAAUCAGAGUUAACAUUUUGGGUCGAGUGAUCCUUCUUCAGAACAGACCCGAAACGUUAUCUCUGAUUUCUCUUCACAGAUGCUGCCACACCUGCUGAGCUUUUCCGGCAACUUGUGUCUUUGUUUCUGAUUUACAGCAUCGGCAGUUCUUUCAGUUUUUACAUCAACCUGAAAGCCUCGUCACUGCCACUAUAUCUUUUAAAAUGUUCUUUUUAAGUCUGUUCUUUGAUUUGCCUGUUGAUUUUGUUUUGUUCUUAUUCAGAAGUGUGCUAUCCCUCACCUUGUCUUCAAAUAUACCACCACCAUCCCGUUCCAAAUGUUUCUUUCCUUUCCAAAAGGUGCUGGCCUUUUACAGAGAACCGCUUCAUGAGCUAUGGUUACCCUUUAUUAUCUCACUGAAGCAGCCAUUCGUCAGGGGAAAUACCCACAGGGCUGUUUGGGUUUCACAGCCUGAUUCUUGCCCGAUGACUGUAUUACAGACAGUUGGAGUCAGUGAAAACCUGUGACUGUGUAACCAGGCUGUGAAUUGCUAUGAGCUGUAUCCAACUCUGGUUAGAGAUAUGGACCAUCUGUCCACUGCACUCCAAACCCUCGCUGUUGGGAAUCUCAACUUUUCUGAUCCCACUGGGUUCAGUUAUCCACAGCCAAAUACCGUGCAAAGUAUUCUCUUGGUUAUUGAAUUGGAUGAUUCUUCACUGUCAGGCAAAUAUUCUUUCCCCUCCCAUUCCCUAAUAUUUUCAUAACUAGGAACAAAAAUGUUAAUGAAGGAUGUUUAAAACGUACAAUGUCAUCGCUAUGAUGUUUUUUCCUUACAUUGCUUGCAGCGUUUUUCUGGGUCGUGAUCUUUAAUUCUCAAGGCCUCCAGGAUUAUCUUCCAAGAUGGGCAACCCUGCUCCUCAUAUCUAAAAGAAUAUUCAUGGGUGGUAAUUGAUGCUCCCAUCUGUAGCAAGAUUGGUGCAGAUGCAUUUAAUCAGGCAGGAGAUUGGUUGGGGGGAGCAUUACACCUACUACCUGCACUUUGAGUAAGCCUUUGGUAGGAAUGCCUGGGGACAGCCUACCUCCCCAGCCACCAGUCGAGGUCCUUAAGUGGGUAAUUGAUACAAUUGUAACGAUACUGCUAGUAUUAGCCAAAUAGGGUUGCUUCCAGGCUACCAAGGUGGGAUCCUUCAUUCAAAGCCACUCUGUUGCUGAUCAGGUGGCACCGCUGGGAGCCUGUCCCCUCCCGUUUUUGCUGCACUCCUCCCAGCAGUCCCCACCCCAACCACUCCCCUGUAAUCCAGUAGUGUCACAAGGUCCCAGGUGGGUGUCAUAGCGGCAGUAGCCAUUACCCUCUGGGUGGCGCUGUGAAUCAGUGGAUCUGUCAGUCCCUGAUUGGCUGGCUGCUCUCAGUGGGCCCCAGGGUUCUUGGUCCCAGGAGAAAGCCAAUUGUUGUCUAUGUACCUGAGUCUCACAUGAUGCAAUGGGCCUUCCUGAUAAAGAGACAAUAUGGGUUGCUUGCUGGCACUGUAUGGUCAAGUCGUCCAUCUCCAUCCCCCCACCCGCCAAUUAAAUAUCGACAUAUGAACCUGUGUUUUAGUUUGUAUGAAGUAUUUCCUGUUGAUAUUUGAAUUGAAAUGUUAUGCUUUGCUUUUUUUUUAAGCUGCUCUUUAAGGCUGGCUUGCUGCUGUGUUGAAAAUGGAAUCUUCAGAUACUUUUUAAAUUGUUACUUUUUUCCCCUGCUUCAGACCAGUUUCUGACAUUAGAAUUCAAUGAACUCGAGUAGCAAGUACUUGCACUCAACUUUCUUUAGAAACAUCAGUGUCAAUGAACAAUUAAAUUAAACCUUUUCCAUUUUAAA